AUGGCGGGCCAGUUCCGCAGCUACGUGUGGGACCCGGUGCUGAUCGUGUCGCAGAUCGUCCUCAUGCAGAACGUCUACUACGGCUCCCUGGGCCUGUGGCUGGCGCUGGUGGACUGGCUGUUGCGCGGCAGCCCCUCGCUGGACCAGAUGUUCAACGCCGAGAUCCUGGGCUUUUCCACCCCUUCAGGCCGGCUCUCCAUGAUGUCCUUCAUCCUCAACGCCCUCACCUGUGCCCUGGGCUUGCUGUACUUCAUCCGGCGAGGGAAGCAGUGUCUGGAUUUCACUGUCACUGUCCAUUUCUUUCACCUCCUGGGCUGCUGGUUCUACAGCUCCCGUUUCCCCUCGGCGCUGACCUGGUGGCUGGUCCAAGCCGUGUGCAUUGCGCUCAUGGCUGUCAUCGGGGAGUACCUGUGCAUGCGGACGGAGCUCAAGGAGAUCCCCCUCAACUCAGCCCCUAAAUCCAAUGUCUAGAAAUGGGUCCUUUGGACACCCUGCUGGGCAGUUGGCCCCCCAACACAUUGGGCUGCUCAGACCCUCCAGAUGAGGUCCAGCCCAGAUCUGAGAGGAACCCUGGAAAUGUGAAGUCUGUUGGUGUGGGAGAGAUAGUGAGGCCCUGUCAAGAAGGCAGGUAGCAGCCAGGAUCACAGCUGCAAGAUUGGCCUCCCAUCUGCUGAAGCCUUGGUAUCUGGGAGGUCAGCAAAGGGAUCUGAACUUGGUAUCUGGGAGGUCAGCAAGGGGACCUCUUUCAGGGUAACAGAAUUGGAACCAUGUCACUCUUGAGCCAUCAUACCUGUCACCAGCCUGUUAUUUAAAAAAAAAAAAUCAAGGAUAUCUGAUUGGAGCAUACCACUCUUCUAGUCAUCUGUCUUGUCUCCUUGGGACAGUGUUAUCUUUGUCAUGUUGUUGCAGCUAUUCUGUUUGGAGAAACGCUUGAUGUCUGGAUUCAUAACCCCAGAAAACGAUGUAGGUUCUGUCAGGGAGAGGACAGCAGAUGGAGGCAAUCAAGCACAAGGAAAAUGCACAGCCUGUGUUGUGCUGUGCAUGUGUGUGUGCACCCAUGAACCCAUGACUAACUGGCAGUUUUCUCUACUGGGUAGCCCCCCCCCCCCCCCCCCUGCUCCCAGCUUUCAACAUAGCAGGCCUUAGGACCCAAAGAAGAGUCCCAGCAUCGCUCUCAACCUAACCCUCGUAAUAGAAUCUCUGGGAAUGAUCAGGCACGACAGCUCCCACUGAGUGUCAGUUCUGGCAAUAGGUCCUUCUUCCUGACUUAUUUGGAACUCUUCAGUGACAGGGCAUGAUGGGUGCCCAGAGAUAGGAAGCCCAACCUUCCAGCUCAACCGGUACUUACAGGGCUGAGGGAGAUAGGAAUUUGCUGUUAAGAUUUUUCUUGGGAGUGGAGGGUCCUCUGUGAGGGGCUGCAGCUGUCCUUCCUAGGUACAUAAUACAGUUUUUUCCACGGUUCUGCCUGUAUUUACUUGGUAAUGCCAUGGUUGGGACUGUGAGAGAUCAGCAUAGCCAGGCAAGGGAGCUGUAUGGAAAGAAUUAUUAGGUAACCUCCGCCUUUGCUGGACCCAGAUUGUUCCUCCAUUUGGUUAAAAUACUAAGUGCAGGGAAUUCCUAUGUCCCACCCCCUCCACCUGCAGGCUCCUCUGCUACACCUUGGGGGAACUGCCAUGACUCUCAGGACUCCUUUCUCGUUUGCUGGUGAUUUCUGAACAUGUCCAGGGGAACACACUGGUCUAGACCCACUUCUGCAUUGAGACCAUUGGUGUUCCUCUUUGGAUCCUCUGAAGUCUGCCCAAGAGAGCUGUCAGUUUUCAGAUUUCAGUGUUAGGGCUACACAGGUGCGUUUUGCAUCCCCCGGGAAGCCUUUCUAGCUUCCUGGCCCCAGCCCUCCAGAAGAGGGCAUUGAGGCAGACAAGAUGAAGGUUUACGAGUAAAUGUGCCUGGGCAGAGGCUGGGAAAGUGCAAGGGUGAGCACCUCCCUAACUCAGGGCGCUCUGGUUAAGCUGGAAGGAAGCAACCUAAGAGUAUUCUAAUCCUGGCUACAAGGUCCAGGAGGCAAGGCCAGCUGAGAUGACUUCCCUAGGUUGGUGGGUUUCCUUCCAGACACCACAAACUCUAAAGGCAAGCGACUAACUUUAUUUUAAGGAAGGCAUCAGCACAUUCAUGUGGCUGCCAUCUCCUUUGGUCACCUGUGGUGGUCGCUUCAUCUGUGAUGGCACACUUUUGGGGGGUUUCCUUUGAGAGCUUGUGCCGUUCUGCAUAUUUCCUGUGAUGAGCAAUCUCUGCCCCUCGAGUGUUAAUUUGAUUUUUGGAUAAGAUAUGUGACCUCGAUGAGAUUUAUUUUUUAUUUGUAAAGUAACAAGAAAAGCAGUAUCUAGAAGUUCCAGAGAGAAUUGGGCAAUGGCAGUGAUGUCAUUUUAGUAAUAAAAAGCAUCUAUUGAGUGCUUAAUAGAUGUACAACAGUGGGCUAAGUGUUUACAUCUUCUUGCUCAUUUAGUCUUCACAACAACUUCCUGAAAUAGAAAAUAUCUUCUGUAUUUUACAGAUAAGGAAACUAUAAGGAAUUUGCCAAAGGUUACAGGUUAGGAGCUGGCAGAGCCAGGAUUUGGGCUCCAGUAGUGACAUUAAUAAACUCAUUCUGAAGACUAAUA